CACACGUUACAGGUAAAUUAGAGUUGCGUGGGUUUGUUUCAAUGGAGGGAAGUGUAGGAGACAAGUAUAGAUCUCACCUAGUGGGAGAGGGAGAGAGGAACACGCGGUGGAGGCACGGAUCUCCUCCUACCUACGAACUCGUUAACCUUCUCUUCGAGCAAGAACGAACCAAGGAAUGGCCCAAAGGGUCGUUAGAGGAAACGGUGCAAAACGCUAUAAAAACCUGGGAGAUGGAGCUGUCCCACAAGACCCGACUCCAGGACUUCAAAUCCAUCAAUCCGAACAGUUUCCGGCUCUCCGUCAACGGCGCAAAGCCACUGACGGGCGAGGAGACGCUGGCGGUCGGCAGCUACAACGCGCUGCUCCGGAGCGCGCUGCCGGAGGAGCUGCGGUGCUACAAAGCGGACGCCGAGACGUUCGAGUCGUCGCACGAGCUGUUCCGGACGGCGUUCCCCCGCGGGUUCGCGUGGGAGGUCACGCGGGUGUACGCCGGCCCGCCGACGGUGGUGUGCAAGUUCCGGCAUUGGGGAUACAUGGAAGGGCCGUUUAAAGGCCAUGCGCCCACCGGCGAGAUGGUGCAGUUUCAUGGCGUGGCCGUUCUUAAGGUGGACGAGGAACUGAGGGUGGAAGAGGUGGAGAUCUAUUAUGACCCAGGGGAGUUCUUAGCAGGGCUUAUUAAGGGGCCACUCCUCUCCUCUACUGGUGAAGUGGAAUCACAUGCAACAUCUACUGUUACUGCCACAAAUCCAACUCAGAACACAUGCCCUUUUACCAGGUCAGAGUAGUGAACACAUUAUUAUAGUUAUGGUCAAAAUAAACAGGAGAGAAUAAAUGUGACAGCAAAUAAAGAUGUUGUAUUUGAUGUUUGUGCUGUU